AAAAUACAAACAUAUUACCACCUUCUGGAAGUGAUCGAAAGAAGAUAUGGAUAAUUGGACCAAGUUUUAUGAAAUUUUAUUUUUGACAUUGUUGCUACAAGGACUAGCAGUAAAAGCAGAAAUAAUGCCACCAAGCUGCACAAGGGAUGUUGAUUGCACAUGGUACUGCAUCAGAAUUCAACAAGGGAUUGCUCUUUGCAACAAUCAACGCUCUUGCAUUUGCUUGCCAAAAGUGCAUCAUCGUCCUCAUUUUAUUUACACACCACAGCCUUCAAGCCCACUGCCAUCGCCCUAACCAAUGUGUCCAUUCCAUGCACCCUUAUUGAGAUGUAAAGUAAAGAUAGGCAAAUGAAAUUUGCCUUCCCUGUAUUAGUUGCCCUAUUUAAUUGUAAAAGGUCUAAAGAUUUGUCCUAUAUAACUCAGCAGGAAAAAAAAAAGGAGAGAUUUAAGAAAAAAGGCCAAGAAUCUGUCGAUUUCACAUGUUACCAAAGCAAUAAAGAACUGCUCAUGCU